AUGUCGAGCGGUGACUACUACAACCAGGGCCCUCCCCAGGGCUACCACCAGGGCGGUUACCCUCAGCAGCCUCCGGCGUCGUACGGACCUCCCCAAGGCCAAUACUACGGUCCGCCCCCGGGCCAGCAGCAGAUGCAGUACCAGCAGCAACCCCCGCCGCAGCGCAACCAGGGUGGUGGUGGCGGCGGCUGCCUCAAGACCUGCCUGGCCGCGCUGUGCUGCUGCUUCGUCUGCGAGGAGGGAUGCGAGUGCUGCGCUGACUGCUGCGAGUGCUGCGCCGACUGCUUGUGA